AUGAGUUCUGGAAUGAAAGGGACUGGUGAAACAAUGAAUCAGCAAUUUUCAGUCCUAGGAUUUUUUUUCUCUACUUUGAUUUUGGCUGAAAAUUCAACAUCAGUAUUAAAUAAUGUGUUACAAAUUAAACCUGCUAUGAAUAUUGAAAACAAUCAUUCAACAUUUAAGAUGAAAACAACAUUUUUGAACAAGAAAUUAAUCAACUUCAAUAGAACAAACAAUUUGAAUGCACAUAAUUCCACACGGCUUAACAAUACCAUACCUAUUACGUCUUUUGUAACUUCUUCUCAAAAUAAUCGUUUUCCGAGGCAAGUGUCAAAUAAAUAUUAUAAUGAAGAUACAGAAUAUAAUCGAUAUAUUAAAGUAAUAUUAGAUUUAAAACCUGAUAACUAUGAAGAUAUGUAUGAUUAUUACGAUAAUGGAAAAUAUAAUGACAAUCGAAAGAAAAAAGUCAAUGGUCUAAUAGAUGAUUCAAAUCUACAUAGAGAAAUAGAACAAAAUCCUAGACCAAUAACAAGAAAUUUAAACGAAUCACAAGAAAGAAAAAGAUGUACUAAGAAAAUUACACAAAAUGUAGGUUCUAUAAAUCAUCAGCAACCUCAAAAACUACUUUCAACAAAUUUCGAGGACGGAAUGAUACAAACGCUWAAAUACCUACCUCUACAAAAAAUUAUCAAACCAACUAUAUUGGAUAAUAGAUUUGUUGAAAACCCAAAUACAAAUAGUUCUUCUUCUGAAGAAGUGAUAGUUAAAUUAGAAAAAAUAAAAGGAAAUCAAAAUAAGGUUAAGGAUUGUAAACCAAUAGAAAAUGAUAGUAGGAGUGGAUUUAAUAAUAAAAAUGAAUCGACUUCAAAAAAUGACUUAAAACAAUUGAAUUUAAACGAUUCAAAGAAUCAAGUUAUUGAAACUGAUGAUAAUAUUUCUAAUAAGUUAAAAGAUUUAUCAGUAGUUACUUUGCAAGAAAAUAAAUACAUUUCAACUACAUCUCCACUCUUGGAAGAAAAUGAACACCUUUUAUUCUCUAGAGAAACUAUUACGCCUUUUGUUGUAUCAUCUACAUCAAAAGAUAAAUCAGAUUCUAGAAUAAUUGAUGAUAAUUAUAAAUUAACAACCAAAGAGCAUACAGAUCAAUAUAAUAAGGAAGAUAAUAUUUCGAGUUACGACGAGAAUAAUAAAAGUCAAGACAAGCAAUUCGAACCAUCUAUAAAUAAUUUUCCGACAGCGGCGACAUUAUUUGAUUCGACUGAAGAACUGACAUCAGAUUUAAAUGAGACAUUAAAAAUACAAAACCCAGAUGAAAUUACAGAAUCUAAUGAUAAUAAUCCAAACACAAAUUAUUCGGAAGUUGACACAAUUGCAGUAGACGAAAUACAAAAUAGUUCCUUGGAUAAUAAUAAUGUGAAUUGUAACUGUGAUAAGAAAAUCAUCAAAAAUAUAUUAAGUUCGUCAAUAGUGACAAAUAUCACUGAAAUAAAAACUGAUUCAGAUACAUCAACAAAUAGCUUGAAAAUGAAUAGUCACAAACGUUCUAAUCAAUUAAUCAAAAAAGAUGAAGAUUUAAACCUCGGUUUCUCGGGGAAAGAACAAGCAACAUACGAAAGUAAAAAGAAAAAUAAUCUUAAAGAAUCAAAUUUAAACUUGUUAAAAGGAUCAGCCUCCAUAAUUCCCGAAUUAAAACUGACGGGUCAAAGAAAAAGGGAUAACGAUGAAAAUAACAACAAAGUGAAAGAAAUUAAUAAUAAGAGAAUGUCUUUAAUCGACAAGCUACCACAGAUAAAUAAAAGGCAAUUUGUCACAAAAUUAAAACGUUUACCACAAAACGAUGAUAUUUCUAGUUCUGCUCAAACGCCGAAUAAGAUUAUUAGUCGAACUCAACUAAAAAAUACACCAGAAAUAUCAAUUAAAAGAAUAGAAAAACAGAGUCCGGGACAUCUUAUCGAAAAAAUGGAACUUGAUAAACCGAUAAACUCAAAAAUAUAUACAACAAGUGAGUUUGAUGAUUACGAUAAUACUAAUUAUAUGACAACUAAAAAAAUAUUAGCUACUCCCAGGAUUUUKUCACAAGUACCAAUAAAAAAUAUUAACAGAUAUUCACCUCAUACUACACAAAUAAAUUUAGAAAAACGUACAGACAAUUAUUAUGACGAAAAUGCUUCAAAAAAUAUUCCAAGAAAAUUGAUCACAGAAUCAGAUAAAUAUUAUACUUCAUUUUAUCCAAACACUCGUAUUGUUAAAAAUCUCAAAGAAAAUAAAAUUCCUCGAAAAGAUAGUAUAAGUACUUAUAAUUUAGACCCUGUUCAACUACAAAGACCUUCGACCUUUGGCAAAUCUAUUGAAAGCACCAAAAUUCAAAUGACACCUAAAAAUAAAAUUGUAAAUAUUUAUUCGACAAAAAGUCCUAUGUACGCGCUAUUAAUCAAAAAUCCAAAAACGAUUAGUUCUUUAGACACACCAAAGCAGUUAAAAAAUGAAGAAAAUGUGUCAAUAUUAAAAUUAAAUAAUGCAAAAACAAAACCAAAUUCAGUGCCAUUAUUUUCAGACAAAAUAGCUAAAACCAAACACAAUAUUUUUGACAAACCACUUACCUUAACUUUAAAAAAUAAAAAUAUUCUUAGCGAUCAAUCUCCGACAGACCGAGUUUUUAUUAAGAAAACUAACACUAAACAAAAUGUAAAAUCCGAGCAUGAUGCUGAUUCGAAUUUUUUGUUGAAAUCUUAUCCUCCAGAAAAUCAAUUAGAAGAUAUAAAUCUUGACCAUGAUCAUGAUGAACACGCACCAUACACAAACGAUUAUUUGAAGCCAAUUUUAUUUCACGGACCUGCGGGAGGAAAGGCUAAAAUUUUAAAUAAAAAUUCUCAGUACAUCAGCAGCCCAAUCAACAAACAAUCUUCAAAUAGAAACCAAAAUCAUAAUAAAUUAGACGAACAACUGUCGCAAUCGUUGCCGAUCAAUCGCUCAGAACAAGACGAAAACUAUGAGGAUACCCCAAAAAAUAAUAAAUUCGAGAUACCGUUGGUAAGCCAAACAAGUGUUGAUAAUAAUGGUUCCGAGUAUGUGUCCGAAAUGUUUAUACCAAUCGAAAAACCCGAUGGUCGGCACUCAGCUAUACCCCUUACAAAGUUAUUAACUGGUGAUUUUAAAUUAUUAAAUGAGCCCGGAGUCGAAAAUCUUUCAGUCAUACAGCCUACACCUGAAAUAGAUUCAAUAUUGGGUUCAACGCGUACUUCAACGGACUGUGAAAUUUCGGAUAUUACUGAUUAUUCGGUCAAUACAAAUCCGUCAAAGAUUCUAGAAACGAUUAAAAACCACAAAAACGUAUCUGCACCCAUACAUAUAAUUCAAAUAAUCAACAAUGGUCAGUGUUCGUAUAAGCAUAACAGCACUGAAACUAUAAAAAAAAUUGUACAUGACGAAGAUGAACAUAAAUUUCAAAAAAUUCGAAAUGAAGGUAAAAGAUUAUCAUCCAUAAAAUCUAAAAAUACGACUAAUAAUAAUAGACAGGUAGAUCAAAAAAUUGGAGACGCUUACAAACAUUUUGAUUCAGGGAUUCUAGAUAGGUUUCUACAAGUUUAUUCUCCACACUUGGUUUGA